UCUCUCUCUCUCUCUCUCUCUCGAUCCUGCGUAUGUUACCGACGCCUGUCCCCGACCCGUGCGCUCAUCACCGGAGCCGAGCGGAAGAAACUGUCCGAUAUCCCACAAUCAGGAAAUACCACUAAAACUCACCGCAGCUGCCGAUUUGUGGAGCCGCUUUGUCCGUCAAAUCGAUUUUCAUCUAUUAGAAAACAUUUUUUGUUGUUUGGGGAGGAGAGAUGCGGGUGGUAAACAGUCUGGCCGAAGCACGAAUCCAGUAACGGAGCACUGAACCGGAGAAGCGCUUCACGACGCGUCCAUCAUCACGACCCUCUGUUCCCGUGGAGCGACUGAAGAUGCUGGAGUGGGUGAGUGAAGUCUUCUGGCAGGAGCGUCUGUGGUUCCCCGAGGGACUGGGAUGGGCUGAUCUGGAGGACCGUGAUGGCCAGAGCUAUGCGAAGGCACGGGAUUUGUGGGUGGCCCUGCCAAUCGCCGUCCUGUUUCUAGUGAUUCGACAGGUCUUUGAGAGAUAUGUUGCUACACCGCUAGCCUCUCUGCUUGGCUUGAAGGAAACAGUCCGACGGCGAGUUACACACAACCUCACGCUGGAGUCCUUCUAUUGCAACACAACUAAAAACCCCACACAGGGUUCAGUGGAGAAACUGAGAGAGCAGACGGGAUGGACAGAGCGACAGGUGCAGCGCUGGUUCAGGAGGCGCAGGAAUCAAGACAGACCCAACCUUCUCAAGAAGUUCUGUGAGGCCAGCUGGAGAUUCGCCUUUUAUCUUCUGGCCUUCAUCGGUGGUCUUGUUGCACUGAUAGAUAAACCCUGGUUGUAUGAUCUCGAGGAGAUGUGGAAAGGCUUCCCCACUCUGACGCUCCUGCCGUCUCAGUACUGGUACUACAUGCUGGAGCUGGGUUUCUACACCUCUCUGCUCUUCAGCCUGGCGUCUGAUGUCAAGCGUAAAGACUUCAGAGAGCAGGUCAUCCAUCACGUGGCCACCAUCCUGCUGAUCAGCUUCUCCUGGUGUGUGAACUACAUCCGAGCGGGAACGCUCAUCAUGUUCAUGCACGACUCGGCCGACUAUCUGCUGGAGUCAGCUAAGAUGUUUAACUACGCCAGAUGGAAGAACGCAUGCAACUACAUCUUCAUCCUGUUCGCUGCGAUCUUCAUCGUCACACGCCUCAUCAUCUUCCCUUUCCGGAUCAUGUAUUGCACAUGGGUGUAUCCCGUGACCCUGUACCCCCCGUUCUUCGGAUAUUACUUCUUUAAUGGGCUGCUGAUGGUUCUGCUGUGUCUACACAUCUUCUGGGCCGCACUCAUCAUACGCUUGGCCUUCCGCUUCUUGAGCAGUAACUCAUCGGUAGAAGACGAGAGGUCCGAUCGAGAGGAGACGGACGAGUCCGAGGAGGAAGAACAGAUGAAAAAUGGAGAGAUAAAGAAAAACGGACCAGCUCAGAAUGGCCACGCUACACAUAACAACAACCACUCCAAAAAAACAGAGUGAUGUCUAGAGAGGACAGAAACCGUCAGAAACCUAGAGAUUCUUCCUCUGCUGAAGCGGAGCAGAGACGGUGAAGAACAGAGGGUCGAUUGCUGUCUACACUACACACACACACACACACACACACACACACAGGCACAGCGUGCCACACUCCUCGAUCUGGAGGCAAACACAGAGCAGUGCUGCCUCUAUUGACUGAAGCUUACAGGAGCAGAUCACCUACAAAUCUGCCUCUCCACACCUCUGGGACUUUCUUACAGUUAUCUCUAGCAGAAUGUCCAAACUGCUCUUCCCCAUACAGUGAAAGUCAAUGG